AUGGCGGCCGCCAAUGCUCCAAUCAACAUGAGGGAGACCCUAACGCUGCCUAGCGUAGGGAUCAACCCGCAGUUCAUCACCUUCACGCAUGUCACUAUGGAAUCGGAUAAGUACAUAUGCGUUCGCGAAACUUCGCCUCAGAAUAGCGUUGUAAUUAUUGACAUGAACAUGCCAAUGCAACCCUUGAGAAGGCCUAUCACCGCAGACUCUGCCCUUAUGAAUCCUAAUUCGAAAAUUCUGGCUCUAAAAGCACAACUUCCGGGGACUACUCAGGAUCACUUACAGAUAUUUAACAUUGAGAUGAAAGCUAAAAUGAAAUCACAUCAGAUGCCAGAGCAGGUGGUAACAUAA